AUGGAAGAAUUUCUACAUCUAUUAAUAAUUAUUGUUGGUCAACGACAUGAACCAGGUGUUGGAAAAAUAACACGUGAAGAAAACUUAACACGUGAAGUUAUACAUCAAUUAUGUAUAUCACCAAUGGCACAUUCAGAAUUAAUACGAGGUUUACAAGAUUGUGGACAAUUAGAAUUAGGAUCAGGAGAUUUCGAAGCUGUAUUAAAAGAAGUUGCUGAUUUUAAGAGAGGUAAUGCAACAAAAGGAAAUUAUGAAUUAAAAGCAAAUCGACUUUCGGAAUACAAUCAAUUUUAUUAUCAUUAUUCAAAAGCUGAUCAAUGCAAAUCUGAAGAAUAUGUUAUUAAACGUCGAAAAUUAAAUGAUGAUGAUCCAAAAGCUCAAUUAUGGUCUGAACCUAUUCUUAAUCGAGCAUUGCAUUUAAUAACUUUAGCUUGUUAUGAACAAGAACGUGAAUCAAAUUUUGAAUUUUAUUCUAAAUGUCAAAAAUUUGAACUUGAGAAAUUAAUAAAUCAAUUACAUUUAAAUACACCAUCAAAAGCAGAAACAUGUAAAGAAUUACUUGCUUAUGUUAUUAAACUCUAUAAUAAAUUUAAUGAAACAAAUGAACAAUUAAAUUCUUCGACAAUUACUACAACUCAAGAGACAUCAGAUUUAACUAAACGUGCACAACGUAAACGAAAAGAUUUAGCUGCACAAAAACGUGCUAAAAUUAUAGCACAAAUGACUAAAUUACAAAAAAAUUUUAUUGAAAAAAAAUAUUCAAUUAUGUUCGGAUAA